AUCCUUUUCCUGAAAAUAAAUUAUAAAUAAAUAAAUAAAAUGCCCUUGUUCCCAAAAUGUUUGUAUCUUUCUAAGAACGUGCAAUGAAAAAAGGGGGAGGACCUCCUUUGAAAUUCCAAAUUGGGAGAAAUCUUCAGCAGCAUUUGCCAUCCUGCAAGCAUUGUUAGCAAAGUAUUUUAAGUUACUGUCUUCAAAUUGGAAUCUUGUGUGUGAAAAAAUCAGGGUUCAUUGAUAAGCAUAUGAACUCAUACCGGGAUCGAAAUUCGAAUACUUCGCUGCGACAGAGUUCGAAAUGAAGAGUUGCAGAACUUCCACUGAGGCACUUUGCUUUUGUUCCUCCUGCGUGGUUAGCGCGCUUUGAGCUUUGCUUAGGGUUCAAUUUCGACAUCGUACUCAAGUGUUUUGUUUUUCUUUGAAAGUCAAAACGACACCGUUUUGGCUUAUGAGGAUAAGCCAAUGGCCAAUGACCAUUGACCAUUGACCAUUGAAUUUUUUUUUUAAUUAUUAUGUUAAGAGCAAUCUAAAUGUUUUGAUUGCAUUGAUUUUUUUUCCCUCAAAAGUUAACAAUUUUGUAUGUUAAGAAAAGAUAUUACUUCUAUAAGUGGAUUGACAGUAUUAAAAUAAAGAUGUAAUUAUUAAAAUUAACUAUCACAAUGUUACAAUUAUUUUCACAGCUUCGUGAUUUUAGUGUCAAAGUCACUUGAGGAAGUAAAUAAAACCCUAAAUUUGAAGUGGAUUGACAGAAGGCAAUAAGGACUCUAGCAUGUUCCAAUCUUAUAUAAUUUGAAUGAAGAAAAAGACUAAUAAUACCUUGAGAAACUAACCCCAAAUGAUUGUUUCAAGAUGUCAGAAAUUAAAUGGAGAAAUCAAGAGCCUUUAUUCAUCAUUAAUUUAAUUUAACAUAAAUUAUGACUAUAAAACAUUUUAAUUUACUUGUUUUAUAUGUUUUUGAUCUAUCUCCUAAUUUUAAAAAAGACAAAUUCUUUUUAUUUGUUACCUUCAGCCUUUUUUGCUACUAAAGGGCCUUUUUAUUUCUUAGAACCCAAACUAGAAAAAAAAUGAUAUUAAUGAAGUAAUAUUUAAUUAAAGUAGUUGAUUAGGCGAGUCCAGAAUCUCAUGAAGCAACCCAACUCAACACACCUUGCUUUAAUGUUCUUUCUUUGGUAACAGAGAAGACACCUUGCAGGCCCAAUUACGCGAUCUGGAACGAAAACAUGUCAAGGGAAGAAGACAAGUGCGAGCGCGUGGAGAGAGCGUUACGCGAGUGCCACCGGCGAGUUCCAUCGGGUCCGAGUCGCGACACGGCGUGUCGUCACCUGAACCACGCGCUGGCCACGUGCCUUGUCUCUUUGGCAUGUCCCCAUGAAUGGGAGGCCGUGCGCACCCUUUGCUCCACCGCCGGCACCGCUCUUAAACGCCAACAAUGCCAACAGGCUCAGCUUUCUCUCUCCCUUUGCCUCUCUCUCUCUUCUCAACAACACAAUAUGUAA